UCCCUAAAAUGGGCUGUCCCUCACUUACUAACUCAAUAUAAGAGCAGGGCCUUCAUUUGGCUUCCUCAUGCCUCAGAGACACGCUGGGAGCUCUUCGGUCAUCUGACUACCGCCACCAUGGAAUGAACAAGAUCGUCAACAAUCCAGGUGAGGAGAAACUUGCUCACCAUGGAGCUGAAAGGAUCCGUUACCAUCGGCCAAGAUGGGCCACAACCUCGACCGAGUCUGGGUUCCAUCUCCGGUCUGCACUAUGGCUCAUUUGUGAACAGUCUUUCUUCACUAACACCCAAACUGGACGAAAGACCUGCGAUAUCUCGUCGACGAGCCCACAUCACUGUUGCUGUGCUCUGCUAUGUCAAUUUACUCAACUACAUGGAGCGAUACACAAUUGCAGGUGUACUUCUCAACAUACAGACGUUCUUUGAUAUACAUGACAGUACAGCUGGACUUCUGCAGACAGUUUUCAUCUGCAGCUUCCUGCUGACGGCCCCUCUCUUCGGUUACCUUGGCGACCGCUACAACCGAGUACAUAUCAUGGCAGUGGGCUUGACCGUAUGGCUGGUGACUGCAACUGGCAGCUCUUUUGUUACUAACUCGUAUUUUUGGCUUCUGGUGCUGUUACGAGGCCUGGUCGGGAUAGGUGAGGCGAGUUAUUCCACUCUCGCUCCCACCAUUAUCGGGGAUCUUUUCACUGGGGGACAACGGACCAUCAUGAUUGCUGCUUUCUACAUCUUUAUUCCGGUUGGGAGCGGCCUUGGCUAUAUAACAGGGGCGUCACUAGCAAGCCUGACUGGUGACUGGCACUGGUCUCUCAGGAUAACUCCCAUUUUCGGUCUUGUUGGACUGUUUUUAGUGGUGCUAUUAUGCCCAAAUCCACCCAGGGGGGUGGCAGAAAACAACCACCAUGACGGUAACAUCCGGAGCUCAUACUUGGAGGACAUCAAGUAUCUUCUAAACAAUAAAAGUUACAUAUGGUCCACUCUGGGAGUGACAGCAAUGGCCUUCCUUACUGGAGCCUUGGCCUUCUGGAUGCCCAGCUUUCUGUUCAGAGCCCAGGUGUCUCAGGGCCUUCGACCGCCAUGCACAAAAGGGUCCUGCAACUCCAUCGACAGCUUUAUCUUUGGCGCUAUCACAGUGGUCUCUGGCAUUCUCGGAGUGUGUAUCGGCACUGGUUUGGCCAGAUGGUUGCGGAACAAAGUGCCCAAUGCAGAUCCACUCAUCUGUGCUGGAGGCAUGCUCGGAUCAGUCCCGUGCCUCUUUAUCAGCAUCUUUGUGGCGACAGCAAGCAUCCCAGCCACUUAUGUCUUCGUUUUCAUAGCAGAGCUCUUAUUAUCAUUGAACUGGUCCCUUCUGGCUGACAUGCUACUUUACAUUGUUGUACCCACCAGAAGGGCCACAGCUGAAGCUCUCCAGAUUACAAUCUGCCACCUUCUAGGGGAUGCCGGGAGUCCUUAUCUCAUAGGAAUAAUAUCCGACGCAAUACAGAAAUCCAAGCCUCCGUCCAGUUCUUGGAGCUUCCUUAGUCUUCAGUACAGCUUUUUGAUUUGCCCUUUUGUUGCCAUCAUCGGUGGGAUUUUCUUCCUCAUGACUGCUCUUUACAUCAGUGAUGACAGAACGGCAGCUCAGCAGCUGGUUGAAGAUACCUUCUUGCAAGGUCCGACACCAGAGCCUACUGUGGAGAUGAACAAUCCACAGAGUGGAUAACGCUGGACAAAAGCAGCUGUGCAGUUAAAGCUCUUGUUAAGAAUUUAAUCAAAUGUUACAAGCGCGGCGAUGGA